CUCCUCCAUGUGUUAAAUUAACCCAAAACUGUGAGACGCUUUAUCCGUGGUUAUAUAAAUUACAAAGUGGAGUAAAAUCUCCUCCUUUUUUUUAAAGCCAUAUUUUAUCCUCGUCAAAUUCCAAUUUUUUAGCUGUCUGCUUGUCCCCUCUUCAACUGCAAAUAAACCCUCUCCUUCUCUUCUUCUUCUUCUUCUUCUUCCCACUUAUCUCUCUCUCUUUCUCUUUCCCAAAAAUACUUCUUUCUCCUUCUUCUUCUUCACUUCCUCAACCUAUUCACACACACACACACACACACACACUACGCUCAUAUUUUUCUUCCCGUCUAUAGCUAGCUAGGCUACAAAGUCCGAAUAGGGUUAUAAUUCUCUUUUAUUUAUCUUUUUGAAUGGAGACCCCGGAAUUCUAUCAAGGAGGUUACUACAACGCACAAUUCACGCCGGAGAAACGCCUCUCCGUCGACGCCAAGAACGGCGACCAUUUCGCCGUGGACGAUCUUCUAGACUUCCCUAACGACGACGGUAUCGGAGGGGGAGACGGCAGUAGUGCAUUUGAUAUGAAUGCGGCCGGUUCGACCGACUCUUCCAAUAACAAUAAUGUCGUCGACAACUCAUGCAACUCUUCGUUUUCCGGCAGCACCGAGCCUCAUUUCACCGGCGGCGGUGGAGAGAUGGGCGGAAGCGGCCGGAAUUUCGCCGAUGGUCAAUUCUCUAGCGAACUUUGCGUACCGUAUGAUGAUUUGGCUGAGCUGGAAUGGCUAUCAAAUUUUGUGGAAGAUUCAUUCUCAAGUGACGACCUCCAAAGGCUCAACUUGUAUUCCGGAAUGAAACCCGUCGUCCAUGCUCACACCAAUGAGGAAUCGGAAACCCACGAAUACCCCCAGCCCGAACCCAAUCGAGCCACGUCAAACCCGAUGUUCCGGCCCGAGAUGAUGUCCGUACCGGCUAAGGCACGUAGCAAGCGCUCACGCGCUGCCCCAUGCAAUUGGACAUCCCGCCUUCUUAUGGUCUCACCCACACCCGCCACUGCUGCCGCGCCACCACCUAUCAAUAAUAAUGGAACCAUCACCGCCACGGCCACGGCAAUGUCGUCCUCCUCGGAGUCCGAAAUUGGCCCGAUCACCGGCAAGAAAACAGUCAAGCCCGCGACGCCGAAAAAGAAGGAAGGUAACUUUGAUCAUCACAACAGUAACAGUGCGGCUAAUAAUAACCAUCACCAUAACAGUAACAGUGAAGGGAGGAAAUGCCUGCAUUGCGCGACGGAUAAGACGCCCCAGUGGAGGACGGGGCCAAUGGGCCCGAAGACGCUUUGCAACGCUUGUGGGGUUCGGUAUAAGUCGGGCAGGCUGGUGCCCGAAUACCGGCCCGCUGCGAGCCCGACGUUUGUGCUGACGAAGCAUUCCAACUCGCACCGGAAAGUGCUGGAGCUGAGGAGGCAGAAGGAGAUGAUGAGGGCUCAACAGCAUCAUCAGCAAUUCCUUCAUCAUCAUCAGAACAUGAUGUUUGAUGUCUCAUCCAACGGUGAUGAUUACUUGAUUCAUCAACACGUUGGGCCCGACUUUCGGCAGCUUAUCUAGUAUCAAUGCUGUCCCUAGCUUAAUUAGCUAGCUAGUUUUUUUUUUCCAUUUUGUGUUAGGUAAUUUGGCAUGGAGGGAAAGAAAAAACAACUCACAAAAAAAAAAUGAUUUCCCUUUAAUUUAUAAGCUAAUUGAUAGGGGGGUUAAUUAAUGUUUGGUUUUAACUUGAUGAAUUUUUGUAGCUGGUACGACGUUAAUUUUGUUGUUUUUGAGAUGAAAAAGAGGGCAGUCGAGAGAGUGAUGAGAGAGUAGACUAGAAAGCAGCAGCAUAGGCUUUAGUCUGUCUAGCUAUAGUGUAUCUGCCCAAAACUUUUUGGUGAAAUUAUUGGACCAAUGAGAAUUCUCAAUUCCAUCAUAUUCUUGCUGCAUGAUUGUUCAUUUUCUUGUUGGAG